AAGUGGAACUAGUGGCAGGUGACUACAUUUUCUUCAGAGAGUCUUGCUUCCAUCAAUCUGGGGACAGCAAGCUUAAAUCAAACCCAACUCACUACCGUGAACCAAGAUUAUACACAAAGAUUUGCUGGAUUUGGCAAAAGGACAGCUUGGAGAGUGACAUGAACAUGGACUCGCAGCUUUUCUUGGACAAUGUUCUGUACAAGUCCCGUUGGAUCUUGCGCUAUGAGCGUGUCUUAGGGGAAGGAUAUAUGAGCCGUGGUGGAGUUGAGACAACUAAAGAAUUUGUGGCGAAGAUGGACCUUAAACCUGGACAGAAAGUUCUAGAUGUUGGUUGUGGUAUUGGUGGAGGUGGCUUCUACAUGGCUGAGAAUUUUGAUGUUCAUGUAGUUGGAAUCGAUCUAUCGGUCAACAUGAUCUCUUUAGCGCUGGAGCGUGCCAUUGGACGCAAAUGCUCAGUGGAGUUCGAAGUCGCGGACUGCACCAAAAAAACAUACCCUGAUAAUUCUUUUGAUGUCAUUUACAGCCGUGACACUAUUCUGCACAUCCAAGACAAGCCAGCUCUAUUCAAGACAUUCUUGAAAUGGCUUAAACCAGGCGGUAAAGUUCUCAUCACCGACUAUUGCAGAAGUGCUGAAACUCCGUCUCUUGAAUUUGCAAAGUACAUAGAACCAAAAGGAUUUGAUCUCCAUGAUGUUCAAGCUUACGGAAAGAUGCUGAAAGAAGCAGGCUUUGAGAAUGUGAUUGCUGAGGACCGUACUGAUCAGUUCGUAGAAUUUCUCAAGCGUGAAUUAGAAAAAGUGAAGCAAGAAAGGGAAGACUUCAUCAAGGACUUCUCAGAGGAUGAUUACAAUGAUAUUGUAAGAUUAUGGACAGCAAAGCUUGAAAGGACUGCAUCUGGUGAACAAAAAUGGGGAUUAUUCACAGCCAACAAGAAGUAGCAUCCAUGUUUUUAGCCCCCUACAAAACUCUAUAACCAUUUAUGUUUCAAUAAAAUGUUGCUCUGUGGAUGACAAUAUUUGCUUUUGUUUUACUAUCCUGGAAAUGCAAAUCAAACGGGAAAAAAAAAACUCAGUUGUGUUGUUCAAAACAUAACUCAAGAUCUUCAA